GUGGGCGAGCCACCAACACCGGCUAGCUCCCCAUCCAUUCCAUCGUCAUUUUCCAUAAUAAUUUCAAAUUUUUUUCUCCCAUUAUCAAUAUUCAAAAACAAAACGCAUUAUAACAUUAACAAUAAUGUCUAUGCUUGCACCCCCAUUCCAGCUUCUAGAAGUCAAUAUCAUAUCCGCACAGGAUCUUUCCCCCGUUGGCAAGUCCAUCAAAGCCUAUGCGGUCGCAUGGUUGAACCCAGAACGCAAAUUAACAACACAAAUAGACCCAGAUGGCCACAACAACCCAACAUGGAACGAGAAGUUCGUGUUCCGCGUCGACGACGAGUUCCUCCAAGCCGAAGACUCAUGCAUCAUGAUCGAGAUCUACGCUUCCGCAUGGCUCCGAGAUGUUCUGAUCGGCACCGUCGGCGUCCUCGUCAGCAACCUCUUACCACCGUCGGCGAGAUCGAACAACCGGAAAUCAUCGAAGGUGAAGUUCAUCGCAUUACAGGUUCGUCGACCCUCUGGUCGUCCACAAGGGAUUCUCAACAUUGGUGUUAACCUCGUCGACGCCACAAUGAGAAGCAUGCCUAUGUAUUCAGAACUCAGCACUUCCGCCGUUGGAUAUUGGGAUAUAAUGGACCCAAAGAAACCAAGACCAAACAACCAAACGCCACAACAACAAUAUCACGAAAACCAAACCGUUACGAAUCAUGAUUAUUCCAAUAAGCUCUUCACGCUCCAACGGUCUCAGAGCGAGAAAAACGAUUCAACAAUCAAUGAUUACACCUAUCACCCCACAAAACAAAACGGUUACGGUGGUUACGGCGGUUAUGGUUACGGUUACGGUGGUGGUGGGGGUGGUGAUGACCAAGGGGCUUCUGAUAUUGGUGUUCCGAUAACGAAGAAAGGUGGGAUUGUUAACGCGAACGGCUCGCUCUGCUCUGACGUCGGGCCGUCUCCGUCGGUGGUGGCGGCGGCGAUAGCGAAGGGGUUGUAUCCGAUGCCUUUGCCGGCGCCGCGGAAGGUUGGGAACUCGGUGCUUGAGGAUUGGUCGGAGAAGGAUAGUGGUGAGGAGGGGCUGAAGACGAAGAUUGAACGGUGGAGAUCGACGGAGCAGUUGCCGCCGGUUUAUGAUCACUUAGGGCAGAAUCAGAAGAAGGUGAAGCAAACGCCGAAGGUUGUUAAAGGUCAGAAGCAAAGAAAGGGUGGUGGUGGUGGUGGACGUGGCAAUGGGUUGUUUUCGUGUUUUGGAACGGCGUUAGGGUGUGAGUUUUCGAUCACGUGCGGUGCGGGUGAUCAUAAGAAGAGGUAUGGUGCAAAGCCUCAUAAUACUAAUGCAUCUGAGCUUACCUAUGAUGAAUCCUAUCUUUGAGAAAUUAAGGAACAGGAAAUUAACAUGCAUGUCUAUCAACUUUUUCUAUGUAUGUAUAUGGUUGCAUGCAUGUAUGGACAUGUAUGGAGCCUUUUGUACAUGUCAAGUGAAAGUGAUGAUGAUUUUAAUAUUGGAAUGGACCUUUUGUGUCUCAAGUAUUGAGGAACAGGAAAUUUUAACAUGCAUGUCUGUCUAUCAACUUUUCUAUGUAUGUAUAUGGUUGCAUGUAUGGACCCUUUUGUGUCAAGUGAAAGUGAUUAUUUUAAUAUUGGAAUGGACCUUCUUAGUUUGGAUUUAGGAGUAGAAGGAGUGCUCCAUUGGAGGAUUUCUCAGGAUGCUACGAGUCUUGUCAUGCCUCCCGUCUCCUCCGCUUCCUUUUUUUUUUUUUUAUUUGAUUCUUUUAA